AUGGGCAUUUCUCUUGCCUUUACAGCACAAAAUUUUUACGAGCGAUCGAAGCGAGCCAUCACAUUGCGAAACUGUAUGACAGCGUUCAUCUUAUUCAACAACAACAACGACGUUUCAGUCAACAAGCAAAUCGCCACCAAGACCGGCGAAGGUGACGCUUUCAACGCCGCAAUGCUGCUCUUCAAAAUAAAGCGAGUUCCUCGACAUCAACACGUCAUAAUCCGAAAAGACACCACGCGACCUACUCAAGCUCGAGUCUACACCAACCUCUUUCUCGACACGCCAAAUCUGAAUGGAGUUCCCUGGAUAUUUGAUCGAUUCUGA